AUGGCCCUCAGGAAGCUCCUCCAGCAGAACCACAAUGCCAACUUCAUUGCCUUUGGCACUGGUGAGGAGCAGGCUGUGCCAAUGGACAGCAGGAGGCUCCAGCACCUGGCCAACACGGUGGGCACACUGCCACGUGGGCACAAGCAGCUUGCCUUAGCCAGAUCCAGCUCCAUGGAUGACUCCUCCAGGCCACAAAGACACCUGGUUGCUAUCUUAAAAGAAGACAAGGAGCUGUUUGGGUUCGAAAUCCAGACCAUUAGACUUCCACACCAAAAUGCUUGCUCCCUGGAGGUGUUCACUUGUGUCUGCAAAAUCCAAGAAGAAAGUCCUGCCCAUCUUUCUGGCCUUCAGCCUGGUGACAUCCUCUCCAGCAUCAACGGUGUGAACACUGAUGGCUUCAGCCACAAGCAAAUAGUAGACUUGAUAAAGUCUUCAGGGAACUAUUUAAGGCUAGAGACUGUCAAUGGGGCCAUGUUCCUGCAGAAAAUGGAGCUGGAGACCAAGCUGCACCUCCUGAAGCAAAGCCUGCAGCAGAAGGUGGUGGAGCUGCACUCACUGCUGGUGCAGGAGCAGCGCUUACUGCACGGGGAGGUGAACGCCAACGCCGUGCUGGCAGGGCUGGGGCUGGAGGAGCCCAGCCCGCGCGGUGGCCGCAGCACGCCGGCACCACUCUGCCCGAGGGAGCUUCGCUUCUCCAGCGAGAGCAGCUCCCGCCUCAGCUCCAUGACCCUGGGUAGCGAGGACAGCUUCUGCCAGAGCGCAGCCUUCGAGGACUCGGCCGCCGAGAGCCUGAGCCGCCUGUCCAGCGUGGACGACGAUUGCUUCCUCCCCAGGGACGGGGACGGCGCUGCCAGGGGCUCGUCCCUGCGCAGGAUCCGCAGCGUCAGCCUGGCCAGCAGCGGCUCCAUGUCCCCGCUCUGGGAGGCCGGCAGCGGCAGCAGCAGUUUCGGGACCCUCCCGCGCAAAAGCAGGAGAUCCAGCAUCCGAAAGCAGCUUCUGAAGUUCAUCCCAGGCCUUCAGAGGGCGGUGGAGGAGGAGGAGAGUCGGGUUUGA